CCCCAAAACUCCAAAUACACAAGCCCUCUCUCACUGAUUCACGCAUCAUCAGUCUUUGCACAACACCAUUAAAGCAGAGCAUAGAGAGAGCGAGGGAGAGAGAAAAAAUCUAGCAACAGUGCAUUUUUUACUAAACUGGUGUUCGUUUUCUCCUUCCUUAGAUAUGGGAAUCGAAGCGGAGAGCUUGAAGGGGUUCGGCAGAGGCUGGGGCGUUACGGCCAAGCCUUGCGAUUCCUGCAAAUCGGCCGCUGCAGCCACCUUCUGCCGAGCAGACUCCGCAUUCUUGUGCCUGAGCUGCGAUGCAAAGAUCCACUGCGCCAACAAACUGGCGUCUCGCCACGAGCGCCUGUGGAUGUGCGAGGUGUGCGAGCAGGCUCCCGCUGCCGUCACCUGCAAGGCCGACGCUGCCGCGCUCUGCGUCACCUGCGACGCCGACAUCCACUCGGCUAACCCGCUUGCCCGCCGCCAUGAGCGGGUCCCCGUCGAGCCCUUCUUCGACUCGGCCGAGUCCUUAAUCAAAUCAUCUGCUCUCAAUAAUUUCCUUUUGGUCCCCACCGAUCAGAACGUGGACGCCAGCAAGAACACCACCGCGAAAUCCGAGACUGACACCAACCAUCACGACGACGCCGAGGCGGCAUCUUGGCUCUUUCCGAACCCUAAUUUCGGUUCCAAGGUCAUGGAUGGUCUUGAUGUGAAACCCGGCGACAUUCUUUUCUCCGAAAUGGAUCCAUUUCUUGAAUUCGAUUAUCCAAACCCGUUGUUUUACAGUGCGGGAACGGAUAGCGUAGUACCAGUUCAAACUAAACCCGUCUCCGCUGCAGUCACGAACCACUCCAGGGAGAGGUGCUUCGAUAUUGAUUUCUGCAGAUCCAAGCUCUCUGUAUUCAGCUCUUCUACUCAGUCUCUCAGCCAAAGCGUAUCCUCUUCCGAUGUCGGAGUGGUUCCGGACGGGAACUCCAUGUCCGAUAUAUCGUAUCCUUUCGGGCGAAACAUGAGUGCUGAUCCGAACGUGCCGGUAUCGGGGACUACAAACCAACCGGCAACUCAGCUGUGUGGAAGCGAUCGUGAAGCCAGGGUUUUGAGGUACAGAGAGAAGAGAAAGAAUCGGAAGUUCGAGAAGACCAUUCGCUACGCUUCGAGAAAGGCGUACGCGGAAACCCGGCCGAGAAUCAAAGGCCGGUUCGCGAAACGGACGGAGAUUGAAACCGAUGUGGACUGCCUGUACAACUCGGCAUCUGCCGCGGCUUUCAUGUCCGAAGCCCAGUACGGCGUCGUUCCUACCUUCUGAUCAACGAACGAAGUUUCUCCGAUGAUCGUAUUGCUCUCCCAUAUCACGGUUCUUAACUUUGCGCGCUAGCUAGAAUAAUUUGUGCGGUGCUCGCUCUUAUAAUUAAUAAUAUGUAAAGUUGGUAGAUUUGAAUGUUUUGGUGUAAAUUAUUGGCAUUAAGCAAGAGGGUUCAGUCAAAUGGUGGAGUUUAGGGGGUUGAACUUGAACUGCAGGUGCAAGGAGGAAGAAGAGCAAUUAAUCAAGCUGAGCUUUCGCACCUAGAUCUCCCUCUCGUCUUCAAAAAGCCCAUAUGCUUUUUCCUAUUUGGGGCUUCUGUAACGCUCUUUUCCGUCCAUGGAAAAUCUUUUAUUUUCCAAUUUAUUUUCUUGUCCUCUUUUUUCACGGAUCUCUUUCUGAGUUCUUAUUGGCUCGUUGCAACUUUUGUUUCCAAGCCUUGUUAUAUACUAAUAAAUUAGUUUGUUUGAA